AAUUGGCAUUUUAGCAGUAGUGGUGGUAGUGAGAGAAUGUCUCGACUUUUGUAACACGAGAUUUCGAGGGAGAAAAUUUUCGGGCGUGUGCCUAAUCGUGGCCCAAAAGUGUGAGCCUCACGCGUGACACUCGCGCGAUGUGCUAAAAGUGUGCGUUCUCGUGCGUCGGAAAAGGCAGUGAAGGACGGAUUUCCUUGGCACCGCAGGAUUUGCGGAGGAAAACGUCACGCAUAGAGAGAUAAUAAUUGUGUGUGUUAGGAAAAACACCCUUCUUUGCUCUCGCGCCCUCUCUGUCACACUCUCUGUCCCUCUCUCUCUGUCGCUUUUUAUCACCCUUCGUGGCGUUUUUGAGUGGUGACACACAAGGAUCCAAUUUGCAACCCUCUUUCUUCAGCCCUGAAAUUCUGCUUCGCGAUGGUUUUCACAUCUUUCCCGUGCAGUUUCUGCUCCGCCGCGACUCGCAACUGAGAGAAGAAGAAAAACAUGUGUAUCUACAAGGUGCUAGGCUCCAUAACUUUGUGAUAUAAUUGGUAGAUGAGGAGGAGGCAAGAGGAGGGAGGCAAUUGAGGCAAAGUGGUGUUCCAAGAGGGAAAUUGCAAGGAGAAUUUUCUUGUUGAAGGAGAAGAAAGAAAAAAAAGAGAGGCGAAAUUUAUGGUGAAGAAUGAAACCGUGCGAUAGAAGCAUAUAAAUUCGCACUUAAAGGGUGUUUCAAAAUAGUGAGUGAAAUAUUGUUUUGUGAAUUUUGUGAAUUAUGUGGCAAAAAUUGUAAAUACACACGAUUAUUCUCUGCAAAAGUGCGCCAAAUUGGCGGUGAAGUGAUUGAGAGACAGAAGUUUGGGACACAAAGUGAAAAAAAAUUCAGGGGGUGAGAAAAUGUUGGUGCCAAUGAGCAGUGCGAGAUUGUCCUCAGUGCUUCUGCUCCUCCUGCACAUCGCCACAGCCGAAGAUGGCGAUCAGAGAAGAUUGCCGCGCGCGAGGCGAACGCCAAUUUACCAGAAUGAGUUCGCCGUUUACAUUCCCGGCGGCGACGAGGGGGCGGUCAACAGGAUAGCCGGCAAGCAUGGCUUCACCAACAUGGGCCAGAUCGGCAGCCUGAGGGACUACUACCACUUCCACCACCACCGCAUCUCCAAGAGAUCCACCGCCACCAGCGACAGCCACCACGAGGCACUCAGUUCCGAACCCGAGGUUCGAUGGUUUCAGCAGCAGCAUGAGAAGGUGCGCAAGAAACGUGAUUAUGGAGCUUCUGGGUCCGGAAGUAUUAGAUUUCCGACCACCGGAGCCACAGUGUCCACAUCGCUGCUGAGGAACAUUGCCCCCGAGUCGCAGAUCCACUACAGAGACACUGGGCAGCACAACAUCUUCCCGGAUCCGCUCUUCAAGGAGCAGUGGUACCUGAACGGCGGCGCGAAGGACGGCCUGGACAUGAAUGUGGGUCCGGCGUGGCAGAAGGGCUACACGGGGAAGAACGUCGUGGUGUCCAUUCUCGACGAUGGCAUCCAGACGAACCACCCGGAUUUGGCGCUCAAUUACGAUCCUGACGCCUCGUAUGACAUCAACGGCAACGACUCAGAUCCGAUGCCGCAGGACAACGGCGACAACAAGCACGGCACGCGUUGCGCCGGCGAAGUGGCCGCCGUGGCGUUCAACAACUACUGCGGCGUGGGCAUCGCGUACAACGCCAGCAUCGGCGGCGUGCGGAUGCUGGACGGCAGCGUGAAUGACGCCGUGGAGGCGAAGGCGCUGGGCCUCAAUCCUGACCACAUCGACAUCUACAGCGCCUCGUGGGGCCCGGAGGACGACGGCAGCACGGUGGACGGGCCGGGGCCGCUGGCGCGGCGGGCGUUCAUCUACGGCGUGACGAGUGGACGACAGGGAAAGGGCUCAAUCUUCAUCUGGGCGUCCGGCAAUGGCGGCCGCUACACGGACUCGUGCAACUGCGACGGCUACACGAACUCCAUCUUCACGCUGUCCAUCUCCAGCGCCACGCAGGGCGGCUACAAGCCGUGGUACCUCGAGGAGUGCUCCUCCACGCUCGCCACCACGUACAGCUCGGGCACGCCGGGCCACGACAAGAGCGUGGCCACGGUGGACAUGGACGGCCGCCUGCGGCCGGACCGCAUCUGCACGGUCGAGCACACCGGCACGUCGGCCUCGGCGCCGCUGGCCGCCGGCAUCUGCGCCCUGGCGCUCGAGGCCAAUCCGGCGCUCACGUGGCGCGACAUGCAGUAUCUCGUGGUGCUCACGUCGCGGCCGGAGCCGCUGGAGAAGGAGAACGGCUGGAUCCUCAACGGCGUGAAGAGAAAGGUGAGCCACAAAUUCGGUUAUGGCCUCAUGGACGCCGGCGCCAUCGUGAGCGUGGCCGAGCAGUGGACCACCGUGCCGCCGCAGCACAUCUGCAAGAGUCGCGAGAUCAACGAGGAGCGCUCCAUCGACGGCACCUACGGCUACACGCUGCAGACGCACAUGGACGUGAACGGGUGCGCCGGCACGGUGAACGAGGUGCGCUUCCUGGAGCACGUGCAGUGCAAGAUCACGCUGCGCUUCUUCCCGCGCGGCAACCUGCGCAUCCUGCUCACGUCGCCCAUGGGCACCACCAGCACGCUGCUGUUCGAGCGCCCGCGCGACGUCGUCAAGUCCAACUUCGACGACUGGCCCUUCCUCAGCGUCCACUUCUGGGGCGAGAAGGCCGAAGGCAGAUGGACUCUGCAGGUCAUCAAUGGUGGCCGAAGACGCGUGAACCAGCCUGGCAUUCUGUCCAAGUGGCAGCUGAUCUUCUACGGGACGAAGAGCAACCCGGUUCGGCUGAAGAACGAGGGCUUGCGCAGCAGCGGUCUGCCGAGGAUCUCGAAUCCUUUCGUCUUUCCCACGGAGACGGACAUGAAUCAGCCGCUGGUGGGCAACUACUACGCGCCCGACUUGUAUGCCGGCUAUGUGAACUACCAGAACAUCUACGCCGGCGCCGCGAGCUCGCAAGACAAGGCGUACAUCACAAUCGGCGGCCACAACAUCCCCACGACGCAGCGUGAGAACGCAAUGGCGGACGCCAACAACAAGGUCGUGCUGCACGACUGCGAUCCGGAGUGCGAUCAGCAGGGCUGCUACGGCAAGGGCCCCACACAGUGCGUCGCCUGCAAGCACUACCGCCUCGACAACACCUGUGUGAGCCGCUGUCCGCCGCGGAGCUUCCCCAAUCAGGGCGGCGUGUGCUGGCCGUGCCACGAGUCCUGCGAAACCUGCGCCGGAGCCGGCCAGGACAGCUGCCUGACGUGCGCCCCGGCGCACUUGCACGUGAUCGACUUGGCCGUGUGCUUGCAGAGCUGCCCCGAAGGCUACUACGAAAAUUACGAGAACAACACGUGCGUUCCAUGUGAGGCGAAUUGUGCCUCAUGUCAAGAUCGCCCUGAUUUCUGCUCCAGCUGUGAUCAUCACUUAGUCAUCUAUGAGAAUCGCUGCUACUCCGCUUGUCCGCUGCACACCUUCGAGACCGAAGAUUACAGUUGCGCCCCGUGCCAUUCCUCCUGUCUCACGUGCAACGGCUCGUCGGAGAGUCAGUGCAUCACGUGCAAGCCCGGCCGCUUCGCCAUCGAUGGCAAGUGCGUGAACAGCUGCCCGGACGGAUUCUACAGCGACAAGAAGCGCCAGGAGUGUCUGGCCUGUGCCACAGGGUGUGCCACGUGCAGCACGAACGGCGUCUGUCUCACGUGCAAGGAUGGCUGGAUCAAGAACAAGAAGGGGAAGUGCAUCUCGGCAGGAAGCGAAAUUUGCGAUGAAUCGGAGUUCGCGGACAACGGGCACUGCCAUCCGUGUCACUCCACGUGCGAGUCGUGCACGGGUCCCACGGAGCGUGACUGUCUGUCGUGCUCGGCGUCGCUGCUGCUGCAGAACAGCCGCUGCGUGAGCGCGUGCGACGACAGCUACUACAUGGAGGCGGGCGUGUGCGUGCGCUGCCUGCACACGUGCACCAAGUGCGUGAGCCGCAUGAACUGCACGGUGUGCGCACGCGGGCUGCAGCUGCAGUCGGGCGAGUGUCGCACCACGUGCGCCGAGGGCUACUACAGCGACCGCGGCAACUGCGCCAAGUGCUACCUCAGCUGUCACACGUGCAGCGGGCCGCGGCGCGACCAGUGCGUGACGUGCCCCGCGGGCUGGCAGCUGGCCAGCGGCGAGUGCCACCCGGAGUGUCCGGAGGGCUUCUUCAAGGGCCCGUUCGGCUGUCAGAAGUGCCAUCACUACUGCCGCACGUGCAACGGCGCGGGUCCGCUCGCGUGCACGUCCUGCCCGUCGCACUUCAUGCUGGACGGCGGCCUGUGCAUGGAGUGCCUGGGCUCGCAGUUCUACGACCCGCCCACGCAGACGUGCAAGACGUGCCACGAGUCGUGCCGCUCGUGCAGCGGACCCGGCCAGUACUCGUGCGUCACGUGCGCCUUCCCGCUGCACCUCGACCGCCUCAAUAAUCAAUGUGUGCCUUGUUGUGCAUCCGACGCAGCCCCCGACGACCAGACUUGUUGCCACUGCAACAAAGACACAGGCGGUUGCAUAAAUUCAUCUCCGGCCGGGAAGAGGCGGAUUCAGAUUGGGGCCGAGCAGUCGCUGGGCCAGCUGAGCGGGCCGUUUGGGGCCUUCAGCCAGACGGCGUCCACGUUCCUCGAUCCGGAGGCCAAGGGGCUGCUCAACCACCUCACGUCGCCGCAGAUCACCGUCGCCGCGCUCACCGUGGCCGCGCUGCUGCUCAUCAUCUGCAUUAUCCUCAUUGUUACUGUAGUGAAGAAAAAUAGUUACCAUCGAUAUACGGGAAUCAAGUAUAAUAAACUGUCGCAGAACUACCAGAAGACUGUGGUGAGAGUUCCAGCGGAGGAAUCGGACCGCGCCUUGUGUCACGAUGACGACGACGAGGAGGAAGAGGCUGACGGUGAAGUUACCUUUUAUAGAAAUACAUGAGAUUGCGGGUUGAACAACUAACUCGGCGGCGUGGCGCAAAUGCGGCCGACGAAGUGUGAGAGGGAUGAAAAAGAAAA